AUGUUGAAUUCUUUGCCUGAAGAAAUAUUAACAGAAAUAUUUGUCAGGCUCCCAGUGAAAACUCUACUGAUUAUUAGGUCCAUUUGUAAAACAUGGAACACUUUCAUUACCGAUAACCCGAAUUUCACCCAAUUUCAUCUUCAUUCAUACAAGAACAAUUCCGAGAACAACUUAUUGUUGUCACGUGAAUGUAACUCUUGGAAGAAUUUCAUGGUUGUUCGUGACACCAAUACAUUUACCAAAGUGUCACACCUUGACGCGACAAACUAUUUAAAAGUUGGUUACGUUGAUAACAUCUUGAAAGAACAAGUAGUUGUCCCUAGAACAUACGAAGAAAUCGCGUACUUAAGUACUGAUGAUUGCAAUUUAGUGGGUUAUGUAGACGGGGUGUUACUUAUACACACGCAUAAUCCUUGUGUUAAUCGUGGAUUUAACAGAAUUUUAUUGUGGAACCCUUCUAUUCGGAAAGUUUUUCAAGUUCCACCAUGUAAUGCUAACGCGCAAAACAAGACUGAUAUAAAUUUCGGGUUUGGGUAUGAUCAAGUGAGUAACGAAUAUAAGGUUGUUGCUGUUGAUAUGAAGUACUGUUAUUCCAAAACUAGGGUUUACAGGCUAGGAACAGAUUCAUGGUCUUUCGCGAAAGAAAAGAGAUCAUAUCCAAUUAUUCCUAAGCUGUUCUUGAAGAAAUUCUCGUCAACUACAAAUUUUGAAGGAGCAAUUCAUUGGCUUGGUAGUGAUGGUAGAAGAAGAAAAUCAAGGUAUUCACAUCUUUUGCGUUUUGAUCUGACAACUGAGGCUUAUACUUGUAUAAAGUUGCCUGAUGUUGAAUUCAAAGAAUACAGAAAACAGCCACCAAAAAGAUUUUUAUCAGUUUUGGAUAGAAAGUUAGCAAUUUUAGACAUUGGAGUUGCUAAUGUUUGCAUAUGGGUGAUGGAAAACAAUGGUACUACAAAUGGUUGUUCUUGGACAAAGCAGUAUAAUGUAGAUCUUCGCGUUCAGAAAUUCUUGUACUUGAAGGAGAAUGGUGAACUAUUGUUCUACAGAAAAUUCCAAGAGUUGUUGUCAUAUGACUUCAGAAACCAGCAAAUGAAGAAACUCGGAAGACAGAGUCAGCAGAUAAUUGAUUUUGUGGAUACUUAUAAAGAAAGCUUAGUGUUGCUUGGAGGAUAUAUAUAA